CAUGUGGCCCUCGGAUUACAAGUUUAUCACGCUCUUUCCAAGUCACAUGAGUUGUACUGAUUGUUCCUGACAUAAACAGAACUACUUCUGUAACACAGACGACCCAUUCAUACGCUAGUCUCCCCUCGUCUGUUUGUUUAUUCAACCAACAGCUAUGAGCUCGGACGUAUUGAACCAUCGACCUGAUGGUAUUCCACUAUCUCUGGCCAGGUCACCCUGGGAGGCUUAUGGCUCCAGGGUUCACGUGUUUCCCUUCAUAGCAGAUCCAGUCAAGCAUGUCGAAGACGUGAGAAACCUCCAAAUGCGUGAGGAUGAUGUCAUCAUUGCUGCCUAUCCCAAGUCUGGAACGCAUUGGGUAUGGGAAGUAACUCACAUGCUCUUGCAUCAGACGACAGAACACGAACGCCGAACCAAAGAACAUCUGAUGCUAGAAGCUACCCCAGAUCUUCAGACAAUCAUGGACGAACCCUCGCCAAGAAUAAUAAACUCACAUUUAGAGUUCACUCAUCUACCACAAGAGAUUCUGACCAAAAGAACAAAAAUCAUUCAUCUCAUAAGAAAUCCUAAAGAUACCUUGAUUUCAUUAUACUACCAGUACUUAGCCAUUGCUUCUAAAUUCACUGUCCAAGCUUUACUGGACGCUGCUAUACAAAACAAACUAAUGUUUCCAUCCCAGUUCGACUAUUUAAGACAAAUGUCGCAGUUUCAACAGGAACACCCGGACCAUCCAGUACUACAUAUAUACUACGAAGAAAUGAAUAAGGAUCCAGACAGAAUUAUCAGGCAACUUGCUACAUUUCUGGACGUGGCGGGAAGUGACAAGUUCCUCCAGGAAGUGAAAGAAGCUUGUAAAUUUGAGUCUUUGAAGAAAAUUGAGGAGGAUGAGAAAAAAGAACUUCCGGAGAACUUGGACAGACUUUGCAAAGAAAACAAUGUCAAAGUUAAAAUGAUUAGGAAAGGAAUUGUUGGAGACUGGAAAAACGAACUGACCAAAGAUCAAAGUGACCAACUGGACGCCUACAUAGCGAGAGAAAUGGACAAAGGACUGGAUUUUAAUUUCAUCUAUGAAUAAAUCAAGAAUAAACUUUAUUUAAAUA